AUGGCAUCAUCGGAAGUACCUUGCCCCGCUUGCAAAUGGACCCCGGACCAACAAAGGCGCUGCUCCUAUGAAAGUAACGUGCGUCUCUUUUACGGAGCCGGCGAUCGGGGCUACUGGGCCCUCGGCUCCAAGUUUAUCUUCAAGGACCGUGGAAUUGAUCCCCCUAGCUAUGAAGUCAUGAACACUCGCUUCCUGGCCGAAAAGACCACAAUCCCCGUCCCGAUUACGGUGCAGGAGUGGACGGAGGGCAAGCGGUACUUCCAGAUCGUCGAGCGGGUGCCUGGGGUCCCGUUAGACGAGAUCUGGUCGUCUAUCCCGCAACCCGACCGAGAAAGACUCGCCAGUCAGACUGCGGGGUACCUGAACCAGCUCCGCAAUUUCCACUCUCCUAAAAUGCAGAGUCUCCACGGUCAACCACUUCAUUGUGCCCAUCUAUUUUUGGGUGACGACUAUGGGGUUCCCCAUGGGCCGCUGAGCACGGCUGAGGAGCUGUGGGAUGAAUUGGCGAAGGCUUUGGAGAAUGACAAGAUCCCGGAUGCCGUGAGAUCGCGGUUCCGUGAGACGAUGCCUUCACCUCUUCCCUGGACAUUUACGCACGGAGACUUGACUGACUGCAACAUUAUCGUGGACCCGGUAACAUUUGAGUUGAGGUCUGUGAUUGACUGGGAGAGCUCGGGGUAUUUCCCUGUCUGGUGGGAAUUCGCUUGGGCUUCUGUCGGACUCAGUACGGAAGACAAGGAGUGGAAGGACCUACUCAGGGGAAACAUGGCCAAUCAGGAGGAGGGUCGCCAAUGGUACCUGAACUAUAAGUCUUUUACGACGAACCAGCCUUGGGCGCUGGAGAGGCGAGUAAGGUUCUUAAAGGAGUGUGGCGUUGAGGGAGAUAUAGAUAUUUCAAAGUAG